AUGUCGGCCGAUAAUAAUUUUGAUUUUAGCCAAUGGGACUUUCCAGUAGAUCGUAUAUGGAUACGUAAACCUAACUGGGAGAUGGCAGUCAAAAUAGGUACUUUUGUGCCGGUCAUUAUAUUUGGAAUUUGUGGCAAUUAUAUAAUUAUACGUUUGAUUAUAUUAAAUCGAUCCCUACGCACACCUACAAAUCUAAUUAUAGCAAAUAUGGCAGUUGCUGACUUCUUGACAUUGUUUAUAUGCCCUGCACUGUUUAUGGUAAAUGAUUUCUAUCAAAAUUAUCAACUAGGUUGUGUGGGCUGUAAGCUAGAAGGUUUUUUAGUAGGUGUUUUUCUAAUCACGGCAGUCUUAAAUUUAUCAGUCGUCAGUUAUGAUCGUCUGACAGCAAUUGUCUUGCCAACAGAAACUCGUUUAUCAAUACUUGGUGUAAAAAUUGUUAUACCUUUAACAUGGAUAGUAGGUAUUGCAGUCGCAUCACCAUUGGCUAUAUAUCGUGGUUAUAGAGUGCGCCAAUGGAAAAAUUUUAAAGAGACCUAUUGCAAAGAAAAUACAACAAUUUUACCUAAAUAUUGGUACUUUCUGAUAACAGUAAUGGUAUGGUUUCCUCUCAUGGUAAUGGUAAUUUGCUAUACAGCUAUUUUUAUUAAGAUACAUAAAUUACUAAACACUAAUACCACUCUAUCAACAAGCGAAUAA